AUGGUCUCUGCUCUCACCAUUCUCUUCCUCGAGCUCCCUGCGCCCGGACCCUCCAUCUCCGUCAGCCCCAGCGGGGUGAUCGCCCCGGGGGCAGCCGUCACCCUCCGCUGUCAGUGUCGGUGCGAGGCCAGGAGGUUAUUUCUGUAUAAAGAUGGAAUCCAAAUCUGGGAGCUGGACGCUGCUGGGGACGGGGGUGAAUUCACCAUCCCCAGUGCCAGACGCGGAGACGGAGGGUUCUACAGCUGCCGAUCUCGCUCCAGAUCGGAGCCGCCCAACUGGUCGGAUCGCAGUGAUUACCUGCGGAUCAUUGUGACAGAGCUUAGCUCCCCCAAACCCUCCAUCUCCCUGCGCCCCCGUGGGGGAGUCGCCCUGGGGCGAAGUGUGACCUUCCGGUGUAAGUGUCGAUGCCAGGAAGCGACGUUCCUCCUGUAUAAACUUGGAAACCCGGAUGUACGGCGCUGGGCAGUGACUGCUGGGGACGUGGCUGAGUUUCCCAUCCACAACGUGAGCUGGAGAGACACAGGGAGCUACAGCUGCCAAUAUGGCACCAAAUCGGACCCGCCCGUCUGGUCGCAUCCCAGCGACCCCGUGGAGCUGAUGGUAGCAGAGCUCCCUUCGCCCGGACCCUCCAUCUCCGUCAGCCCCAGCGGGGUGAUCGCCCUGGGGAGAACCGUCACCCUCCGCUGUCAGUGUCGGUGCGAGGCCAGGAGGUUAUUUCUGUAUAAAGAUGGAAUCCAAAUCGGGGAGCUGGAUGCUGGGGACGGGGGUGAAUUCACCAUCCCCAGCGCCAGACGCGGAGACGGAGGGUUCUACAGCUGCCGAUCUCGCUCCAGAUCGGAGCCGCCCAACUGGUCGGAUCCCAGUGAUUACGUGCGGAUCGAUGUAGCAGAGCUCAGCUACCCCAAACCCUCCAUCUCCAUGCACCCCAGUGGGGGAGUCGCCCUGGGGGGAACCGUGACCAUCCGGUGUGAGUGUCGAUGCCAGAGACCGAAGUUUCUUCUGUAUAAACUUGGAAACCCGGACGUACGGCGCUGGGCAGAGACUGCUGGGAACGUGGCUGAGUUUCCCAUCCACAACGUGAGCCGGAGAGACACAGGGAGCUACAGCUGCCAAUAUGGCACCAAAUCGGACCCGCCCGUCUGGUCGCAUCCCAGCGACCCCGUGGAGCUGAUGGUACAAGAUUACACCCAGGGCAACAUCGUCCGUCUGGCCCUGGCCACCGGGGUCCUCCUGGCCCUGGCGUUGAUCCUGGCUGAGGCUGCCCACGGAUGGAGGAGGGGCAGAUGCUAG